AACUAUGUUUGAAUCACUAUUGAAUGAUUACUUCGACCAUAACCCACAGAAGGAAUGGUCGGUUAUUAAUGCCUUGCGAUACAUAGAGCCAAAAACCGAAUUAUUAUCUUUAGAUACAAUCAAUAUUUUCAAGGAUGACAUGUAUUCGUUACUAUGUAGUUUAAGCGACAAAUGCUAUGUGCACGAGUUUGCCAAGAAAAAGGCGAGGAAAAUUCUGACAAAUUAUGAUAAGUCAUUCUUUUCAGCCGAUGUAAAACGUUUUAUUGAUGAAAUUGAACUAAAAAAUGAAAACAAGGCAUUUCACACAUCGAUAAAUCGAAGAGUUACAUCCGCAAGUACAUUAAGGGCACUGGAGGAGCAUCGUACGGAUAGAAUAGCAAUCGAAGAUUUGCGCAACGCAAUAAACACAUCAACCAUCGAAGAUCUUAGGGGAGAAAUAAUGGAAGAAGUCGAGAAUGAUCAAAUUGUUUCCGAAGCUGUACAAGAGUUGAGUGAUCUCGGUGCGCAAAGUUACGAUCAAGAAGAUCAAGACCU